AUGGACCCGAUUGGAAAUGAUGAUUCCGUGCUGGCCGCCCUUCAGAUACUAGAGAAUGCGGAAGAUCGAGAGAUUCUCCGGUACCCUGAGCGUUCGCUCAAUGUCGGCAACCGAUUACUCUCUAUCGCUAAACAAGCCUCUUCUGCUCCUGACAGCCGACCACGCAAAGCCGCCGAUCUCUUCCAAAUUAUCAUACGAGAACAGCCUGGGCUUCAUGCAUAUUUAAGUGACGAUCCCACCUCUGCUAUUCGAACGAUCCGAACGUACGACAAUCUCCAAAUAACGAGUUUCGCAGCGGAUGAUCAGAUACUCCUUAGUCAUAUUUUGGACCUUAGGAACUGGAUCUGGGAUUACCGCACUCAAUACCUUCCUGAGGUCCUCUCAAAAUCCAUGCAAGAUAUACCAUUGAAGAUUCCACCACAGCAAGGAAAAUUGAAGCGUUUCAUUCACUCUCGCGACCUUCCCAACAAUGUUUACAGUCGACUGAAAACUGGACAUAGGUGUUGGUAUAUCGAAGCUAAAGUCUACCAGAAAACUGAAAAUCCAGGAUCUGCUCGCCCAAUGUAA